AUGGCGCCGAAGAAGGACAAGGUUCCGCCUCCAUCAUCCAAGCCGGCGAAAUCCGGAGGUGGAAAGCAGAAGAAGAAGAAGUGGAGCAAGGGAAAGCAAAAGGAGAAGGUGAACAACAUGGUGUUGUUUGAUCAGGCUACUUAUGACAAGCUUCUCACCGAAGCUCCUAAGUUCAAGCUCAUCACCCCUUCCAUUCUCUCCGAUCGUAUGAGGAUUAACGGGUCUCUAGCAAGGAGGGCGAUCAAAGAGCUAAUGGCCAAAGGUUUGAUCAGGAUGGUGGCUGCUCACUCGAGCCAGCAGAUCUACACCCGUGCCACCAACACCUAA